AUGUCGAUAGUGGAGUGGCAAGCUGGGUAUGAUUCCGACAGUGUAGAUCAAAGGGAGAGAAAUGAUUGGAUGAUCGAGGAAGCUGUAGCUGCUUUUGAGGAUGAGCCAUCUGUCAGGCACAAUGUGUAUCCGGAUUUGGAUGAAGAAGAAGCAGCUCAACGUAAAGCUCGGAGGCGCGACCAUAUCCGACGAGGCAAUGGGAGUUUGUACCUCGGACAAGUCUUCAUCAGUGGAAUAGCAUUCAAGGAAGGUGUCUUGGACUACGCCUUGAAGACUGGUUACAAUAUCAGCCAAAAAAGAUAUGACAAGACAAAGCUUAUGUUUAAGUGUUUAGGAGAGAACUGUACAUGGCGAAUUUAUUGCUCUCGGAAAGGUGGAUCCUCAAUGUGGCAGGUAACGGUGUUUGAAUCUAAACAUUGUUGUGUUCCGAAUGGCAUUUGCACGAUGAUCAAGGUGCCUGUGAUUGCUCGCCUCUUUGUGGACAAGAUUCGUGAAGAACCGGAGUACUUCAUGCCAAUGAAGAUUGAAGAGUUGGUUAUGGAGAAGUGGAAGAUCUCUGUUUCUCGGCCUCAAUGCCAGCACGCAAGGAACAAAGCUUUGGCAUGGAUUGAAAGAGAAUAUGAGGAACAGUUUGCACGCCUAAGAGAUUAUGCAAAAGAGAUUGAAGGUUCUAAUCCGGAUUCUUCAGUGGAGGUUGAUUGCAUUGUGAAUGAUCAAGUUCACAAAGGUGAGUUGUUUGUGGCAAGUGGUAGAGAUGCAGACAACCGAAUCUACCCUGUGGCAUGGGCUGUACCGCUAGAUUAUUUAGGACUACAUGAUGGAGAUGGCUUUGUACUAAUCUCUGAUCGACAAAAGGGAUUGAUCAAUGCCGUUCAGAGGAUCCUGCCAAAGAUUGAGCAUAGAAUGUGUACAAGACACAUAUACAUGAACCUGAAGUCUCACCAUGGAAAGAAUCCAGAGUUGAAGGGGUUGAUAUGGCAUCUAGCUUGGAGCUACAAUGAGCCAGAGUUUAGAGAAAACUUGAACAAGAUUGAGUUGUAUGAUGAGGCAUUGUACCGAGAUUUGCUGAAAACAAAACCGGAGACAUGGUGCAGGGCUUUUUACAAGCUCGGGUCUUACUGUGAGGAUGUGGAGAAUAAUUCAGUGGAGUCAUUCAACAACUCAAUAGGAAAAGCCAGGGAUAAGGCUUUAGUGCCUAUGCUAGAGACCAUUGCAAGGUUGGCAAUGAAAUACCUUGCAGAGUAUCAUGAUGCAGCUUCAGGAUGCUUUGUUCAGCCUUCAACUAACAUGCAGUAUGCUUGUUCACUCGAUGGAUGCACACACAGGGUUGGCUUGGCGAAUAGGACUUGUAGCUGCAGGAGAUGGGAAAUAACUGGAAUCCCGUGUGAGCAUGCAUAUGGUGUUAUCUUGAAAAAAGGUCUUGAAGCUCAACACUAUGUGUGCCAUUGGUUUAGGACAGAUAAGUGGAGAAGGCUGUAUAUAGAUGGCAUUGUUCCAGUUAAAGGUGCAAAAUUUUUGCCUAGAGGAGAAGAGCCAUCGAUUGUUCAUCCUGAGAUUCCAAAUAUGCCUGGUCGGAAGAAGGAUAAGGAUAAGGCAAAGGAAAAGGUUACAAAGCAAGAUAAAAAGAGGAAGAGAGACAGGAAUGAGUCUCCUACGAAGAGGGCAGACCCAUUGGAGAAGAGGAGGGUCAUGCAUUGUGGUGUUUGUGGAGCUGCUGGUCACAACUCUCGCUGGCAUAAUAAGAAGAAGAAAGGUUCAACAUCUGAGGUCCCUUUACUUGAAGCAUCAUCUCAAGUUGAACCCUCACAAGGAAUUCUCAGUCAAGUGGAUUGA